AUGCCCCGCAAGCUGCCGUUCAGCGCCAAGCGGAAAAAGCAGCAGCUCCGGGACCGGCGGGAGCGGAAACGGGGCGUGGACCGGGACCCCCGGGAUGGGGCCAGGGACCCUCGGCCGGGAAUCAGGACCCCCGGAAAGGGGCCAGGGACCCCCGGGAAGCGGCCCAGACCCCCGGGAAGGGGAUCGGGACCCCCAGGCUGGGGAUUGGGACCCCCGGGAAGGGGCCCGGGACCCCCGGGCUGGGACCCCCGGGAAGUGGAUUGGGACCCCCGGGAAGGGGCCCGGAGCCCUGAGCCCGUCCCGGUGGCGCAGAUGGCCCGGCCGGGCCGGCCUCAGGCCCCGGCAGCCGCAGCGGGAGCCGCGAGCGGGGCGGCGAUGGCCCCCCCGGAGACCCCCCCUCAGAGCCCCCCCGGCGCCACGACCCCGGCAGGGCUGGAUUUCCCCCGGCGCCCCCCCUGGAGCUUCGGGAUGAGCCCCGAGGAGCUGCGGGCGCGGGAGGAGGCGGCGUUUGGGGACUUCCUGCGGGGGCUGGGGGACCCCGGGGACACCCCCGGGGACAGCCGGGGCCUGGCGCCCUUCGAGCACAACCUGGAGACGUGGCGGCAGCUGUGGCGGGUGCUGGAGAUGUCCGACAUCGUGCUGGUCAUCGCCGACGCCCGGCACCCGGCUCUGGGUGUCCCCCCCGCGCUGGCCGCCCACGUGACGCAGGACCUGGGCAAGGGGCUCAUCCUCAUCCUCAACAAGGUGGACCUGGCCCCCCCCGCGGUGGCCGUGGCCUGGAGCCACCUGCUGAGGGCUCGCUACAGCCCCGCCCGGGUGGUCCCGUUCUGCACGGCCCCCGGCCCGCCCCCCGGCCCUGGUACCACCCAGGGGGGCUUGGGGGGGGCACUGGGGGGGGUUUGGGGUGACAUUGGGGGGGUUUGGGGUGACACUGGGGGCACUUGGGGACAUUGGGAGCCACCUGCUGAGGGCUCGCUACAGCCCCGCCCGGGUGGUCCCACGUGGCGGCAGCUGUGGCGGGUGCUGGAGAUGUCCGACAUCGUGCUGGUCAUCGCCGACGCCCGGCACCCGGCUCUGGGUGUCCCCCCCGCGCUGGCCACCCACGUGACGCAGGACCUGGGCAAGGGGCUCAUCCUCAUCCUCAACAAGGUGGACCUGGCCCCCCCCGCGGUGGCCGUGGCCUGGAGCCACCUGCUGAGGGCUCGCUACAGCCCCGCCCGGGUGGUCCCGUUCUGCACGGCCCCCGGCCCGCCCCCCGGCCCUGUGGACCUGAGCAGCUGGCGGGCGCGGCUGGAGCGGGCGGAGCAGCGCCCCGAGGAUGAGGAGGAGGAGGAGGAGGAGGAGGAGGAGCCCCCGCGGGGGGAUGAAGAGGAGGAGGAGGAGGGGGCGGGGCCUGGGGGCGUGGCCCCGCCCCGGCAGUGGGAGCGCUACCGGCACGGCGUGCUGACCCUGGGCUGCGUGGGUGAGAGGGCGGGGCCAGGGGGCGGGGCCACGGUGGGCGUGGUCACUGGAGUGUGGUCACUGUGGGUCCUGGCAGGGGUGUACCCCAUCUCCCAGCUGCAGGACCCCUACUCGGCCGUGGGGUUCCUGGGCUCCCGCCUGGCCCUGCCCCCCCUGCUGCAGCUGCGCCCCCCCAGCGGCCCCGGCUGGACGGCCUGGGAGCUCUGCGAAGGUGCGACCUGCCAGGACCUGCCAGGACCUGAUGGGGCCUGCUGGGACCUGCCAGGGACCUGA